ACAAAUAUUUAUUAUAUAAUUAGACAGUUUGCGUAAGUAUAAAAUAAACUCAAGGAGGCAAGGAAAACAUGUGAAAGAAUUACGACAGGAAAUUUAAAAAAAAAAGCAAUAAAUAAAUAAAUUUCCCGACAAGCUGUCAGUUCAUACAACUAUUUUACAUUAUAGUUAGACAGUUUGCAAGUACAAAAUAAGCCCAAGGAGGCAAGGAAUGCAUAUAUGAAAGAAUCAUGACAGGAAAUCUGGAAAAAAACUAGAACAAAAGCAAUAAAAAAUAAACAUAAAAUGACAAAUAAAUUCUGUCGAACAGGCAUGUCCAGCAUCCCUUAAUUCGGACCUAAAGACGUGAAGGGGAUAAGAAAGGAGCUCAGGAGGAGGAAUUCGCGAGAUUUAGUCGGCGAUGCCGGUGGUCUACGCUCCGAAACAUUAUUUCGGAGCACUCGUGUCCGCGCCACUGGACGCGCACUACUGCGAGCGUCGCGUCAGUUCGAUCCGAGGAUCGUGCGAGGAGGGUCGAGGUGGUGAGUGCGCGGUAUAGCACUCGGCGAACGCAAGCGCGUGGAGGAGAGAGAGCGCGCGGUGAAAUAGCGAGCGCACGUCCGGCUCCAUCGGCAGUGGCGAGCGUGGACCGGCGCGGCGCGGCAGCCCCUUUGACACGUGUGUCGUCUGUGCGUGCGUCAGUCACGUCAACCAUUUCUUCCUGCCACGUGCCGAAGGAACACGCGCGCGCUUCGAUUUACCUCAAUUUCUUUUGCCGCUAUUUUUCCUCGGACUCGAAGAAGAACUUCAUUCGCAACUCUCGUCCACGUGUACAGUGAUAUGCUCACGCGGCAAGUCCCAUUCAUCUCGUUGCUCCGGAAUCGCACACAAUCGCGCGGAAACGCAUGUGAUAUUCGAGCGCGCCAAUUUCGAGGUACGUAGGUAUAGGAAUUAAUCGUGCGAGAAGAUGCCGGACAAAGUAGCCCCGGCCCCGGAGAAGACGGUCCCGCGGACCGUGGCCACGGGGCCCGAGAACAGCAACGAGGGUAUCAAGCUGCAGAAGGAGCUGGGCCUGUGGGAUGGCGUCGCGAUCAUCGUCGGCAUCAUCGUCGGCGCCGGGAUCUUCGUGUCGCCCAAGGGUGUGCUUCUGAACAGCGGCAGCGUCGGCCAGGCUCUCAUUGUGUGGAUCUUCUCCGGGGUCCUGUCGCUCAUCGGGGCUCUAUGUUACGCCGAGCUAGGAACGAUGAUACCCAGGUCCGGUGGUGACUACGCGUACAUCAGUGAUGCUUUCGGACCUUUGCCAGCAUUCCUUUACCUUUGGGUGGCGUUAUUCAUCCUGGUGCCAACGGGAAACGCUAUCACGGCUCUCACGUUUGCGCAAUACAUCCUGCAACCCGCUUGGCCUGGAUGCGAACCGCCGUAUGAGGCGGUGCGACUCCUCGCUGCUGUCAUCACGUGUCUGCUAACUGCCAUCAAUUGUUAUAACGUCAAAUGGGCGACUAGGGUGCAAGACUUCUUUACCGCCACCAAAAUCUUUGCUCUGCUGAUCAUCGUCAUAGCGGGUUUAGUAUGGCUUUAUCAAGGACACACGGAGAACUUUCAACGUCCAAUGGCUGGUACCAACACUCAGCCCGGUUACAUCGCUCUAGCGAUCUACUCCGGACUGUUCUCUUAUUCCGGCUGGAAUUAUCUAAACUUCGUAACGGAGGAACUUCAAGAUCCUUACAAAAAUCUUCCGAAAGCUAUUUGUAUAUCAUUGCCAGUGGUGACAAUUAUUUACGUUUUCGCGAACAUCGCUUAUUUCGUUGUACUCACACAGGACGAAAUACUUGCAUCGAAUGCUGUCGCUGUUACCUUCGGCGAUAAAUUGCUGGGCGUUAUGUCGUGGAUUAUACCAUUCUUCGUGGCGUGUUCGACUUUCGGAGCAUUGAAUGGCGCGAUCUUUGCAUCGUCCAGGUUGUUCUUCGUCGGCGCCCGAAAUGGACAUCUCCCCACUGCCAUUGCUUUGAUUAAUGUCCGCAACUUGACGCCGAUGCCAUCCCUCAUCUUCCUCUGCGUCAUCACUCUGGUGCUUCUCAUCAUAAAGGAUGUCUACGUACUGAUAAAUUAUGUCAGCUUCGUUGAGGCUCUAUUCACCACGCUUUCCGUGUCUGGUCUGUUGUGGCUACGUUACAAAAAACCUGAUCUCCAUCGCCCCAUAAAAGUUUUUAUACUUCUACCAAUCAUCUUUUUCAUAAUUUGCGUAUUUCUGGUUAUUUUCCCGUGCUAUGUUUCACCAUGGGAGGUGGGCGUAGGCAUAAUCAUAAUCCUGUCUGGAAUUCCCGUGUAUUGGAUCUUCAUUGACUGGAAAGCGAAGCCCGCGUGGCUUGUGAAUGGAUCCCAUAAUCUUAAUAUGGCGUGUGCCAAACUGUUCAUGUGUGUGCAAGAAGAUAAGACCGAGUAAAAGUGUAUGAAAAUAGUUGUAAUUAUUGCCAAAAAUUACGAUUUAUGAUGCCUGAAUUCGAGAAUGAGUUUCAAGCAUGCGUCGUACUUUUGUAGAUAGGUAGAUUAGAAUUAUAAUCGUGAUCAUGAUGUCAAUUAUAUAUAGCGUCAAACUUUAUCGAGCAGCCACAUUAUAUAAGUAUUAUCGAGACAAUGCGUGCAUGUCUGAAUAACACACAGCACAGGUCACCGAUGUAGAUUUGUAAUUUUUAUAUUUUAUAUAUUCGCAUAAUAGAAAUUAUAAUUUUUAUAUAUUUGUAAUUACAUAUUUAUCUUCGCUUUGUGCCUGAAACGAUAACAUUGUUAGUUUUGAUGCAUAAAUUGUAUUCAAGUAUCGAUUAGCUACGACUACGUCGAAAAUUUCAAUAUUACAUACACAUUUAAAAUAUGUCAAUUUUAAACGCGCUCUAUACUUUUCUUCACCAUUUUGGAGUACAUAGGCAUAAUAAUAUAGUAUAUAGAAAUAGUGUAUAAUUAUGCACAAAGUAUAAUAAUAUAGAGAAAUUUAGAAAAAUUAU